AUGCUGCUCUUCUACUUCGUGUCCAACUGGGUGGUGCCCGAGCUGCUCAUGAAGCGCAUCAACGUGCCCAAGCCCGAGGACGAAGCUGCUGCUGCAGCAGCAGCAUCCAUGGCAUCCAGCCCAGCGGACUGCGACGACGCCUCACCCCGUAAAAUCCGCCUCAAGGUCAAGAAGAAGAAGAAGAACGGAAAAGCAACCAUCGUGAAGGUCUAG